AUGUCAAGCCUUUCGCUCAACAGUGUCGCCCGAGGCAUCUCUCAAGCAUCUACCGUGCGAUGUGCAAAUGGACAUUUCAGACUUAGGAGCUUACACUCUUCUUCGGCUGCAUCGUUAGUCCUUCGCAAAGCCAAAUCGGCACAAUCGGUCGAAGAUGCAUUCGAGGAAGAUGAAGAAAUUGAAGAGGAUCUUUUCUCGACGUCUUCCCCUACUUCCUCUUCAAAAUAUCAACUUGAUAAAUCCUCUAUUAGACAGUCAAAUGUAUCAUCCAUAUUGAAACACGCCAAAUUACCGGCUAAAGAGAAGAGAAAAGAUAAAUUAUCUAUUCAAGCGCUGAGACAAGUAGCUGCGUGCAGUCAACCUGAAGAAGCCGAGCAACUUAAAAGUGUCAUAAGAGCUUGGAGAGUUGGUGGAUUGAAAGUUAGCAAAACUACUGCUAGGGAAAUUAUCGGGAGACUAUGUAACAUCGGUAAACCGGAAGUAGCAUCUGAGUUGAUCUCAAACAGGCUUCAAUAUGGCCUACCAGACAUCGAUCAACCCACGUUGAUCAAACUUCAUCAAUCACUUAUAUCAUCGUCCCUUCCUUCACCCAAGCUUCCUUUCACUCAACCUAUUUCCCCCACCCUCGCUCUACUCCGAUUGAGCUUGGCGCAACAGACGGAAGGAUCCAAUCCGGAACAAGAGACUCUGAGUUUAAGUACAUCACCCAAGGGAAGAACGUGGAAACCUACAAAGGCUGUUGAAGGAUGGGCAAACCAAGCUAGAGAGAGACUAACCGCUGCAGGUGGAGCCUGGGCCAGUGCAGCUCAGAACAUUCAAAGAUCUCAAUGA